AUGUCUGGAAAUCUGCCUAUAAAGCGCCAAGAUGAAAACACGGAGCCAAGAUUAGGGAGCCCGACAAAAAAAACAAAAGUUGAAAUUAUCGAUGCUAAGCAAAAUGGAAAUUUCCAAGAAAAACAACAGUCUACACAAAAUUCUGAUGAAGAAAGCGUCUUGCUUUCAGAUGAAAGCGAUAGCACCCCAAACAUAAAAAUUAAAAUUCUCAAGAACCCCAAGCCAAAAACUCCUUCUUCAGAAGAGUCAUACAGCGACGCUGAGCAGCCUAGUGAAGAAAGCCAAAUUUCAGAUGAAGAUUACAUUGAAUCUGAAUCCCAAGAAUCCGAAUCCGAAGAAUCAUGGGACGAGCCCCCUCGCAAAGGUAAACGACAAGGCCGUAAGCGCUAUAGUUCUGACUCUGAUUAUUAG